UUAUAUAUCUUUUAUUUAUCAUUCAGCACACGACGUUAUGUUAGAGGCAUUUCUAUGAAAGUAAUCGUGCCUUCUUCGAAAAAUUACCUGCUUCCUGCUCACGAGCCUCGGCUGCAUCAGUUCACUUUCGUUUUUCCUCUGACAGCUGAUCGCAACACAGUUUAAAACCCCACCGGCAGCACUCAGCUGGGCUGAAGCUGAACGCACGGCUGACUGAAUUCUCUCGCCAGAAUUCAGUGACAAUGGCUGACCUUGGACUGCGUCCCUAUCAGCAAGAAGUGGUUGAACGUGCUCUCCAGGGGGAGAACGUCAUAAUCUGGUUGCCAACAGGAGCAGGAAAGACUCGAGCUGCUGUAUAUGUUGCCAAAAGACACCUGGAAAGCAGAGCUCAGGCCAAAGUAGCCAUCAUCGCGAACAGGGUCCACCUUGUAGAACAGCAUUUCAAAGAGUGUCAGCUUCACCUCGGCCAUAACUACACUCUGACUCCUAUCAGUGGAGACAGCGUGGAGAAGGACUUCUUUGGAAAAGUGGUGGAGGACUCACACUUGGUCAUCUGCACAGCUCAGAUCUUAUACAAUGCGAUGAUCAGCGCAGAAGACCUCAAACACAUCGACCUCUCAGACAUUUCUCUGCUGAUAAUUGAUGAGUGCCACCACACCAACAAGGAAUCGGUCUACAACCAGAUUAUGAGAUGCUAUGUGGAAAAGAAGUUGGAAGGAAAACGUCCACUGCCGCAGAUCCUGGGUCUCACUGCAUCCCCAGGAGCAGGAGGAGCAAAGAGCCUGGAAAACGCUGUGAACCACGUCCUGCAGAUUUGUGCCAAUCUGGACUCGGCCAUAGUUUCAAGCAAAACCUUUGCCCUUGACCUCAAGAAGACAGUGCCCAGACCCACGAAGACAUUUGACAUAGUUGAGAAAAGGCCUGAGGAUCCAUUUGGGGAUCUUCUGAUUGUGAUGAUGCAGAAGAUCCAUGACUACAUGAUCGCACCUCCAGACCUAGCCCUGAGUGUGUGUGGCACGCAAGAGUAUGAGGCAAAAGUGGUGAUUUUAGAGCAGACAGGCGUAAAAGAGAACAACAGAGUGCUCGCCCAGUGUGCACUUCAUCUCAGGAAGUACAACGACGCCCUGCUCAUCAACGACACCCUGCAAAUGAUGGAUGCCUAUCACUCUCUGGAAGGAUUCUACAUAGAAAAGGCCCUGUCGGUCAUUGAUGAUACAGAUGUCUUCCUGAUAAAACUUUUCCGUGAGAAUCGUGUUCCUUUAAAGAAACUUGCUGAGAAUUCCCGCUACGAGAACCCAAAGAUGGCCAAACUUGAGGACGUUCUCCUCAAACAGUUCGGUUCAGACAUGUCGUCCAAGGCGAUCCUCUUCAGUAAGACGUGUAAAAGCACACACUGCCUCAAAGACUGGAUCCACAACAACACAGCCUUGCAGGAAGCCGGCAUCAAGGCAUCGGUGAUGAUCGGCAGCUCUUGCAUGACGCAGAAAGAGCGGGAUGUUAUUAUCUCGAAUUUCCGCCAAGGAACUAUCAACCUGCUGGUCUCCACCAGUGUGACAGAAGAAGGUCUCGACAUUCCUGACUGCAACCUGGUAGUGCGCUACGGCCUGCUGACAAAUGAGAUAGCGCAGCUGCAGGCCAGUGGCCGUGCCCGGGCUCCGAACAGUCAAUAUUCUGUGGUCGCAUUGAAAGGUGGGAAAGAGGUGCGCAGAGAGCACAUCAAUGAAUACCUGGAAGACCUGAGUGCCAAAGCAAUCGCUCAAGUCCAAAAUAUGAGCACCGUGGACUUUCACAAAAAAAUAGCUAGUCUACAAAGAGAGGCGAUGUUGAUGAGGAGAACCUUAGAAAACUUAAGAAUGACCGAGAAGAGCCGCAACGCCGCCUCAAGCAUCCAGCUCCUGUGCCGGAACUGUUUUGAGCCUGUGGCCUUCGGCAGCGACAUUAAAUUAAUUGAAAAUUCACUCUAUGUUAAUGUGAAUCCGGACUUCAAGAGACACUACAAAGUUGGAGCUAAGGUGCCGCUGCCAAAGAGUUUCACGGACUGGGAGCCUGGGUGCACCAUCAGCUGUGGUAACGGCAACUGCAACAAGGACUGGGGAUUUGAGAUUAAGUACAAGAAGAUUGCGCUGCUGCCCAAUUUAGCCAUAAGCAACUUUGCCCUGGAGACGAGCAACGGCAGGGUUACUAAGAAGAAAUGGAAGAAUGUUCCUUUCGUUGUUGAAAACUUCAGCUUUGAACAAUACUGUCAGGACAACUUCCCAGAUAUCUUGGACUGAGGAAGCGGUCAAAGAAACGAGAGACAACUCCAUCAGGUCCACAGUUUUCCAAAAUAAUAUCUUUGCUUACUCUCCAGGUAACCUUUGAGUCACGUUUAAGGCAUUUUAUAAACUAUCUUCUGUGGUAGAAAAUUGACUUGACUUAACAUGUUCUUUAACCCCGAUGAAAUGUGUUUUAGGGAUUUUUAACAGGGAAAUAUUGGACCUACUGUAUCUUUAACUACGUCUGGGAGAUUUUUUUCUGAGUUGGAUUUGAAUAAUGUUUGAUCCACUUUGCUGAACUACAGGCUAACCUACAUAUUUAAUCAAAAUGAAUCUGAGCAGGUUUUAAUUUUUUAACUGGGGGCAUAUUGUGCUUCUUUUUUUUUUUCUUUUUUUUUUUUAGAUUUUUGUGGGUACUAAAUGAACAAUUUCUGGAAUCAGGUUUAACCCAAAGUUUUUGUGUGUGAUGUGUUUGGCCCUAAUUUUUCACCAGCGCUUGGACUAUUUUUAAUUGUGUCCUUUGACCAAAGGAUAAGGAAAACAAGAAGUUUUGCUUUGAGCGUCCUGUUGAUUAUUGACACUAUAUAAUAUAUUGUAUGUAAACCCCCCCCCCCACAUAAUGCUAACUUAUAUAUGCUGCGGGGCCAAUGAGUGAACAGUGUACUAAAGAAACUCAUUACACGCUGAUCAUGCUUGAAAUUAGUACGACAUCUUUAUUCAUGCCAACGGUUCUGGCUCCCUCCGUACCAUCAUGUGUGUAUUUUCCAAGAUCGGCAGUGAGCUGAAAAUCAGGUCUGCUGUUACAUGAACUUUAACCAGCACCGACACUUUACAUAUUAUUAUUUACUAUUGUUUUAAAACUACAGUUUUAGCUGUUGUAGACAAGAAGUUUACCUGCUAUCAUUGGCCAAAACUCUUAUCUUGUUGAGAUAUUUUGUGUCAAAUUCUAUUUGCAAUUAAUUUUUUUUUUAAAAAUAUUGCUUUUAAAUUCAAAUACAUGCUCAUCUAUCAAUUUACUGUAACUGAAAUCAACGUGAAGUAUGGACCUUUGUUAACCACUAGGUGUCAGUGUUGAUCAGGUUUUUAAGCCAUCUCUGCAGGGACGGUCUCACAGUUAAAAGCCCUGGGAAAUCAGUACUGGUCUGUGACGGGGUAAAAAAAAAAGUUUCCAUGCUGUUGAAUGCUCUUCGUAUCCAAAAAUAAUGACAAAUAAAAAACGUUGUAAAAUGU